AUGACAACAACAGCAUCUGAAUUUUCAGAUUCAUUACUUGCCGAUUUUACAAAAUUGCUAGUAGACGCUAACGACUACGAUGUAUUGAUUAAAGUAGGUGGUGGUCAUGGCGAAUCAACAAGCAACAGCAACAGCAAUGCUGUUUGUAUCAAAGCUCAUUCAUGUAUUUUACGUGCAAGAUCACCAUACUUCCAUUCGGCAUUAUCAUCGCGAUGGAAGAAAAUUAUUGAUGAUGAUGACAAUGGUGGUAAUUAUAUUAUUUUCGAAAAACCAAAUAUUUCUCCUGAUGUUUUUCAAAUAAUUCUAAGAUAUAUUUAUAUAGGUAAAAUAUCACUUGAAAAACUAGACCCGAUAUUUACUUUGGACAUAUUAACGGCAGCAAAUGAAUUGAUAUUACAAGAACUUGAGGCUUCUGUAAUCAGUUUUUUUACAAGACAUCAUGUCAACUGGAUUAAAAAUCAUCCAUUGCAAUUGCUAUUCCACACAGUAUUCAAACUAGAGUCAUGUCAUAAAAUUCAACAAUUAUGCCUCGACAACAUUUGUAAUGAUCCUGAUAUAGUUUUCAACUCUUCAAUCUCCAAAUCAAUCAACGAAUCAAUCCUUCUCCAAUUACUUAAACGUGAUGAUUUGAGAAUGAAUGAAAUCAAGCUGUUGGAUUAUUUGAUUCAAUGGGGUGUAACCAACCUUGACAUUAAUUGUAAUGAUGGUAAUGUUGUUGACAGUGUUUCAAAUUGGACACAGAAUGAAUUUGAUGCAUUGGAUUCUAUUUUGAAAAAUUGUAUCGGUAAUAUUAGAUUUGAAAAUAUUAAUCGUGGAUUUUAUGGUAAUUGGAUUAUGACUGACGAAACACAAGAAAAUAAUAAUAAUCCUAAAAUUAGUAGAAUCAUACCAAAAAAUUCUAAAAUGGCUAUAUUUUGUGCUGAUAUUAGGGGUCCAUGCUUUGGUGGCAAUGAUUUGUGUAUGUCAAAUAUGAACAAUUUAAAUAAAGAUUGCACUAGUAACCUUACUUAUUAUGAUUCUGAUGUCAUUAAAUCAAACAAAUUUGAUGUGCUAGAUUAUGAAGUUUUCCAGGUUGUCAGGAAGAAAGAAACUACAAAACUGAUAAAUGGUUGA